AUGACAUUAAAUGCAACUUUAUUACCAACAGCUUUUGCUGGACCACCAAAUCCAAUGUUUGAUUUAAAUUUGUAUCCUAUAAUGAUAUUUUCUGCUUCAUCAGCAACGAAUAUCAUAUUUUCGCUAUUAUGCUUAAAUCGAUAUCGUCAACAGGAUGAGAGACAAACAAGAUUUAAUUAUAUAUUUCAUUAUGCAUUAUUAUUUUCGUUUAUGAGUGCUGCAAUUUUUAACAGUGGUUUUAUAUUUGGUUAUUAUUUAUUGUGGUUUAAUUAUUCCAUUGCCUACUGUCGAAUGUAUACUUUGAAUAAUUAUGCUAUCUAUAUGGGAAUACCUACAUCUCUGUUUGUAUUUAUUCCUCAAUGUUCAGUUUAUGUACCAUGUGCACCAUGUUUUUUUGUUUAUCAACAUGUUGUUCUAGCUUGGUUUGCUUAUUCAUUCUUUUUGCCAAUGCUAACAAUGAUUUUGUUUACAUGUCUAUUAUUUUAUCGUUUAUAUUCAAAACGAAAACAUUUUUCAACUGGAUGGUCAACAAUGAACAAGAUUUGUUCACAAAUGUUAAUAUAUAUUCUUUGGUAUAUAUUAGCAUAUUGGCCAUUUCAAAUAUAUCGCCUGUUAAUUUCUUAUAAUUCGGCAAGAUUUAAUUCACAAAUGUUGAAUAAUAUAUUAGUUAUGUUGAGUAUGUGUGGAAUACAAACAUUACCGUUGUUAAUAUACAUUUUAUACAUGCCAAAUAAAUCGACGACACGAUCAUUACCAUCAACAUCAGCACAUGUAAGUGCUUUACAGCUACAGCAACAAAGAAACAGAGCUACUACAUCAAAUUAGCUUUGGUCGACUUUUAAAUAUUCAUCAUGUCAUCGGAAAUGUGUUAUUAUAAUAUUAAUUCAAGAAAGAAACAAUUGUAACCGAACUCGCUUGCUGCUUAAAACUAUUUUUUUUCCGAAUGUCUUUGUUCUUUGUUUAGCUUCUUUUAUUUAUGAAUGGAUUUAAAUAAACAAAAAACAAAGAGUGUCCCCAAAACAAUAUUCCUAGAGAUCGGUUUUGUACUUCGAUAAUAGCUGCUCCUGAUAUUCGUUAGCUAACUGUAAGACAGAUUAUCCUCUACGAUUGUCACAGGAGAAGAAACGGGUGUUGUUUCCUGGUGAAAUCCGUUCGCUGUUGAUUUCUCUGAUUUUACCCCAAGAAUAUAGAAUUUCGAUGUAAGAAGUUUCUUCUCGUUUGAAAUAGCCCAUAACUCAUCACACUAGACUGAAAUAUGUUCAAAUCUAAGCUUUAUUUAUACCUGAUAAAUCAAUCAGUAUUCAAAUAUUUGUUUAUAUUUAGAUCCUUUCUCAAGUGGACUAAUAUAUCAUUUGCAAUCUUCGUUUCUACUCCAUUCAACGAUAUAUCAGACUUGUGAAAGAAGCAAAAAGUUGACUAUUUUAAAAUGAAAAUGAUGCAUAUACUAUUUUACACUAUAUGGAGCAUGAUUUAAUAUAAUACAUAACACCAAAUGAAUAGCAUAGACCAGAUUGGAAGAACUUGUAUGCUAUUAGGUCAAGAUGACAGCGUUAAUUGAGAUAAAACAAAUCAAAAGUAUUGAGCAUUCAAGCUUUUGCUCAUUGGUGUCCGCUGUCAGAACUAUUCCAGUAUUGUAUGACUAUUCAUUUUGUUCAUUUAAACAUUUAUCCUUGAGCAUCUCAGUUUCCACUAAAAUUACUAGCGCUUUCUAAAAGAGUGCUAGAACGUUUUCAAAAAUGAUGUUUCUAAUAAGUGGAAGACGUUUACGAACAUCAGUAGAAAAAACCGGUCUAAAGCACAGUGGACAUUUCCUCAUAGAGCAGGCGGCAUUUUUUGCCGACAUAGUUUUUUUUGAAUCCAAAAGCACUUUUUUAUAGGUUUUCGCAUACGGUAUUUCC